AUGGCGAGUGGCAGCCCCUUCGCCGCGGCGGCGUGGUGCAUGGCGCGUCGCCACGCAUCGACUGGUCGCCGCCCCACCUUCGCCGAAAUCGCAGAGGCGCUGGACGUGCUUGAGGUCAGCAUCGAUGUGGACCCGAAGGCACUCAAGAGGAAGUACCGCGAACUUGUCAAGAAGAAUCACCCCGACGCUGGUGGCGAGGAGGCGACGAUGGCACGCGUCACCGUCGCCUACGAACGCCUCAGCGCACUCACAAAUAGGGAGAGGGAGGAGUUCAAGCUGCAGAAGACGUUUCGCGGCGGCGGGGCGUCCUCGGCAGCGUCGCGGCGCUACCGCCCCGGCCCGCCGGGCGGCUUCGGGUACGCGGCGCCAAAUGGGCCGUUCCAGUCGCAGACGGUGAACAUGUAUGGUCAGUAUUAUCCGCAAGACGCUAAUACCGCCUACCAUCAGGCACACAGCAGCAAAGGGCAGCAGGGCUACUGGAACCACUUUCACAGUCGUAGCGGCUCCGGUGGCUUCGCCAACAACCCCUUCACCUCCAACAACCCGUUCAGUAUGUACGCGCAAGCUCAGCGCGCCCGCUUCUCGUCCUCCAGCUCGCUGCUCAUUCAAGGAUUGGUCGUGUACCUUGUCCUGUCCACCAUAUUCCUCUUCGUGUAUCGGUCCUACCGAGACUGGCGGCACGACGACGGCUGGCGCAUGUCGGAGAGCUUAGCGCGCCAUGAGCAGAUGCAGGAAAUCCACCGCAUUCGGCAAGAGAUGAACGAACGCGCGCGCAUCAUGCAGCAGCGUGACGACGACUAUGCGGCGGCUGCGCCCUACGGCGGUCGGCAGUACGUCGGGGAGUCACCCAAGGAUCGUGCGUUUGAGUACGCCCGUCAGCGCCGGAUCCAGAUGAUGCAGGAGCGGCCAGAGGCCGCCGCGAACUUGCCGGAGCUGCGCGGAUGGCCCAAGAUUGGGGAGGAGAAGGGGCGGAUCAUCAAGCGUGCGCAGGACCCGUCAGGCAUCGUAUUCUUUGAGCCGUGCAAGGCGGACACUCGGCGUCGCCAGGUCGAGGUUCGGCGAAGGAACAAUGACUUUGUGAGUUGCUCUCCAAGCGAGUCGCCGCCGACACAGUUGAGCGGGGCUGCUCAAGGAGGUCCACCUUCUGACGCGGCAGCUGCAACUGCGGCGAUUUCCUCGUCGCUUCCCGCACACAGCAGCGUCUCGCUACCGCCUGAAUCGAACGUCAGCUCGAUUGUGAUGAAGCCGGUCAGUGGUGAGGAAGAGGCGCAAGCGGUCAUGCACCGCAUCUUCGGUGGUCUUCGCAAGAUCUCCUCGUAG